UGUAACAACCAUUUGAGACGCGGAUACAUUAACGGACAACAUUCUAAGUGUGGACUAGACACAAGCCAUUUGCGAAAAGUGCAGACAGAUGUACUCUCUGCUAUUGCCAGCUACAUGCCAGUGAGAGUGCAGCAAGAACCAUCAUGCUUCAGACGGAAUGCUGAUAGCAUAGAAAAGCUCGACACACGGUCUUAUCUUCUAGUCCAGUAUAGUACCGUCUUCACGUGACACGCUCAGUAACAAGCAGCUAAUUACCAGCGUUGUGUUCGGUUCAUUACAUUUCCCUUCACCUCACCAAACCCGAUAGCACCACCCAGUGUGCUAGUGUGUAGGCAUUUGCUGGCCCCGUUGCUGCGCUAUGGCCUCUUGUCAUCUGCUUCCCAGUCUCGCCGACCCAUACUCUGACGUACAUUUGACCGAGCCAUCCCUUCUCGGGGGCACAGGCUUAACCCAGCACCGUAUGCGAUAAUCCGUUUUGGCUCGCCUGUGGCUUACCCUUCCACACGGACCUGUGAAAACGAGUUCAAUGUUAUCCCUUCAACGGCACGAGCCACCGCUCAGCAUCGUCGUCGUUAAGGUUUCAAUUGCUCACGUUUUAGACCUCUCCAAGACGCCUCUUGAGCUCAAGACCAUUUGGAGAAUGGCGAUCUGCCUUGAACGAAACCGGACCGCACAUGUCACACCCCAUCGCUUGGCUAAGCCGCCGCCUCGUUGGGGACCACCACCGCUUGCUGAUCUUUACCGUGCGAUUUGACGUAGGUGUCAAGAGUGACACGUUUUUUUUUGUUUGUUAUCUCGUGACAAGCGGGACGACAGGACGAGCGAAACUACCGGAAGUUGUUUCGCAGCGCAGUGGAAUGUAUGUGGUUGGACAGACAAUAGAAUGCGCGCCCCAAAAAAUCUCCCGCCACGAAAAACUUCGUUAGGCCGGAAGCAACAAAAACCGAGAUCCGGAGCAUGCGAUUGUUGAACAAAAUGCUACGAAAGCAGCAUGAGAUUGGUCACUUGGAUUGUCACACAAAUUAUCGGCACAUCAAUCGACCGAAAACGCGGCGAUGUUUGUAAACAGCGUGUACGACACGGGCUUCCGCUAAAUUGGAUACGGUCGCAGCCGGUUGUGUCAGGCGAUCCGUAGAAGCCGAUAUAUUACAUCAGAAUCUAGUAGCCUGUGGCGUGCGCGGUUUAUUGAUCUAGCGUUUACGAGUGCGCUUGUCGCUGUCCAAGCAAGAGACGAAUGGGCUGGCAGGCGAAAUGGCGGAAUUUACACAGAACAGAAGCUCUGUACCUCACGAACCGGUGCUAAUCUCUGGGAAAUCUCCCGGAUAUGGGCGUUGGUCGUUUCUUUUUUUCCUUUUUUUCAUUCGCCUUAUUAACAACUCCUUGCCGUCAUUUUGUGAGGGGAUUCACUGGAUGGCCAGAAAUGCCAAGCCAACAGCCAGGUUGAUGGCUAGGUUGGUGCAGCAUGAUGGUUGACUGAGGACGUUUGAAGAUGCUGCCAUUCAUCGGUACAUACAGAUCGGUGAUGCUUAACCUCUUUUUUAUCCUGAACAACAACAAGGGGCGUUCGUGGAUGCUAAACAUUCGGCAAACGUAACCUAUUUCUUCGGCACGGCUCUUCGAUCCCAUGGUAACGGAGCGCAUGGUAACGCACCGUGUACGACCGGUUGGAGUAUCAAGUGACUAAAUAGACAUGGUCAUCAUAGUAAGCGGAACGAAGUGCAUCGCAGUGCAUGAUCGCGAUGCAACGUAAAUAUUACGAGCCGGAUCGGACCGAAACUCCAAGAAUGACCACAAAAGUGCCGAAAAGGAUUUUACGAGAUGAGGCACCGCAGAAGGGCGAAGACUUCAAGCGCAUGCUGGAUGACGUCGAGACGAAGAUCAUGCCGAAUAUGGUGCACUGGAACCAUCCACGAUUCUUCGCCUACUUUCCGGCCGGCAACUCCUACCCAUCGAUCCUGGGCGACAUGCUGAGCAGUGCGAUCGGGUCAAUUGGUUUCUCAUGGGCAUCCAGCCCGGCCGCAACCGAGCUGGAGACGAUCGUCCUCGAUUGGUACGCGAAGGCGCUCGAUCUGCCAGCGUUCUUCCGUAGCGAUGCGAAGGGUACACGCGGUGGAGGCGUCCUGCAAGGAUCGGCCUCCGAGUGUGCGCUCGUCUGCAUGAUGGCGGCCCGGGCCCGCGCGAUCAAGGAACUGAAGGGUCCCCACGUCGACGUACACGACAGCGUCUAUCUGCCACAGCUGGUGGCGUACGCAUCGAAGGAAGCACACUCGUCGAUCGAGAAGGCCGCUAAAAUGGCGAUCGUGAAACUGCGCGCGCUCGAUACCGACAGCCGCGGGGUCUUCCGCGGUGACACGCUUCGCCAAGCGAUCCAGGAAGAUAUGGCGCAGGGACUGACGCCCUUCUUCGUUGUGGCCACCGUCGGUACGACGUCUGCUUGUGUGUUUGAUAAUCUCGUCGAGAUCGGGCAGGUGUGCCGUGAGGUGCGCAGCAUUUGGUUCCAUGUCGAUGGUGCAUACGCGGGCAAUUCCUUCAUUCUGCCCGAGAUGCGCCGGUUCAAGGAGGGACUCGAAUAUGCCGAUUCGUUCAACACGAACCCCAACAAACUGUUGCUCACCAACUUUGACUGUUCCGCCAUGUGGGUGAAGGAUGUGAAGUCGUUGACGACGGCACUGGCCGUCGAUCCGCUCUAUCUGCAGCACGAUCACAGCAGUGCGAUCGACUACCGGCACUAUGGCAUCCCGCUGAGCCGCCGGUUCCGUGCGCUGAAGCUUUGGUUCGUCUUCCGCUCGUACGGUAUCGUGGGACUGCAGAAGUACAUCCGCAAUCACAUCGCACUGGCCAAGCGCUUCGAGGCGCUCGUCAAUUCCGACGAUCGUUUCGAGGUGCGAAAUGACGUCAACCUGGGUUUGGUGUGCUUCCGGUUGAAGCAACAGGAUCGCAUCAAUCGGGAUCUGCUGGCCAGAAUCAACCAAUCGGGCAAGUUCCACAUGACACCAGCCAUGGUACGCGGCAAGUACAUCAUCCGAUUUUGCGUCACGUACGAGCACGCCACCGAAGAACACAUCGAUUACGCUUGGGAGGAAAUUAAGAAUUACGCCGAGGAGACAUUGGUGGCCGAGUGUCCGGAGGAGGUGCAAGAGCCGGCAACACCGACGGCCAAGAAAACACCGAAAAAGCUUACCCGCAGCAUGUCCACCCGUUUCUCCUUCACGCGCAGCGUUUCGAGAGAGAUUUUCGAGCGACAAAACAGUCGCUCGCAACUCACGGAUGGAUGCACACCGAUCGUCAUUAUCGAUACCGAUGACAUCCUGGAGAGUUUACAGCGUGCGUCGCGCAUGAACGGUGAGCGGAGUGGCACGAACGAGACGUACGACGACGACGGCGACACCGACAGCACGGACGAGGCCAGCAAUUGACUAGGAGGAGGCCGCACCGUGGAUUCCUGUAGCUCUCGAUCGUCCGAAACUGGCGAAUCGUCCGAGGGGCCAACAGCAGUAUCGCCGGUAACGGCCGGGAACGGAACCGCCACGAUCCUUAACCCGAAAGACAAUGGGUGUAGCUGCCCGUACCACCGGCAUCUGAGACAGCACCUACAGGAAUCACGACCGGCCAAGUCGAAGAGCUGCUCCCAUAUUAAGCAGUUGUGAUAAGCUCAUCGUCGUCGUCAUCGUUGUCGUCGACAGGCGACUACUGGUACCGGGCACCGGUACCGACUGAAAAGUAUUAUUUAUUUGUGUAAUUACUGUGGCCGGGAAGCCGGCAAAUGCCGGUGGCCACACUCUCUAGACUGUAAGAACCAGUUUCUAUCUCGCCAUGACGCCAAGAUUGCCACUCCGAAGGGUUGCAGCGUUGGUAAUGCUUCUUUUCGUAGGCACUUAAGAGUAAUUCAUGUUUUGUAUGUACUUCAAAAAGGCACGAUAAUAAAAGUGAAUGUAUCGAUAUA